UUGUGUAACUUUAAGACGUCUAUGCUAACGGUAACGGUAGCUGAUUCGGGUUCACAGCGAUGGCCCACUAUCUGACAUAAAAUAACGGCCGAAACAGACGUUUAUUCGACGUACUUUUGGCCUGAUCUGUCGGAAACAGGCGCUGUGCUUUCUCCAGAAACUUCCUGGCUUUGUCCGGCUGGUUGUUGCUGACCGCAAUUAGGGCUAUUUUAAUGCACCGAUCUGCUUCGUCCUUGUUUGAGUCCAUCGCGACACAGCGGAAAUGUUUACUUGCCCCGGGACGCAUGGAAACGACGUUGGAAGCUAUCUGGCACGUAAAUAACACGUCACAACAGUUGAACCUUCAGCAUGAGCUUCAGAAAAUAAUGACGCCUUUCAACAAAGUGAGUGGUGUUAAUUGUAUAUAUUUAGCUGCACUCCGAGCUUCUUCUUCGCGAUACUAGCUAACACCAGCAUCACCCUCGGCCAUAAUACCUCUUCUUAGAAAGUCAAAAUGGUUUUGGCAGCUACAUGCUGCAGGUCAGUCAUAUUUGUCAGACGCAAGAUUCUGCAUACUUUGAGGCAAACCAGUCUGUUCCUUUCAACUAAUGACACUAUUCUAGCUGACCACGGUGGGAGACUACCAUCAGAGAAACAGGGGAGAAAACGUCUAAAGAAAUCUCCCUGGAUUGAUCAUCUGUCCUGGGAGGAAAGGCUGGCCGAUGUGGUCACCCCUCUCUGGAGGCUGAAUUAUGAUGAGCAACUUGAGCUCAAGCAAAAGCAUCAGGAAAAGAUACUGUGUCAGCUCUCUGGGUAUCUUUCAGGUGACCUACAAUCAGAAUACUCGUCACCUGUCAGAAGUAAACUCAGGUUCCCUGUUCUGCCUAUAAUGCCAUCGCCAGUGAGGGAUGGCUACCGCAACAAAUCCACGUUUUCUGUCAACAGAGGAGUGGAUGGAAAUCCAAAAACUGUUGGAUUUUACGUGGGCACAGGCAAGAAGGGAAACAUCGUCUGCGUCAAUGGAGACCAUCUGCUCAACAUGCCGGAGAAGCACAAACUGGUAGCCAGGUGCUACCAGGACUUCAUCCGCCUCUCUCCCCUAGAGCCCUGCCUGCUUUUCCACACUGGGGGUCACUGGAGAGAGGUGACAGUGAGGACCAACGCAGAGGGCCGCACCAUGGCUAUAGUGUACUUUCAUCCACAGACGCUCCCCCCAGAAGAGGUGGCAGUCCAUAAGGCUGAGCUGACAGGUUACUUCAUGCGGGGGCCAGGAUCAGUCUGUCAGCUGGACUCACUUUUUUUCCAGGAGAGCACCAUGACUCGCUGCACUCAUGAGGAAUCCCCCUACCAGCUCCUGCAUGGUCAGCCUCACAUAUACGAGGAGGUGCAGGGCUUCAAGUUCCGCAUCUCUGCCGAUGCCUUUUUCCAGGUGAACCAGGCAGCUGCUGAGGUGCUGUAUGGCACAGUGAGAGACCUGUGCGUACCAAACCACGAGGAAGGUAGAGGGAGGACAAAAGUUGGUGGUACUCUGCUAGAUGUGUGCUGUGGGACGGGUGCCAUUGGCAUUAUUAUAUCUCCCAGAGUAGAUAGAAUUAUUGGUAUAGAGCUCAUAGAACAGGCAGUGGAAGAUGCUAGACACAACGCAGCUCUCAAUAAUGUUCUGAACUGUGAGUUUAUCCAUGGGAAGGCAGAGGUGGUGCUUCCUGGCCCUAUGUCUCAGCUGAGCUCCUCAGGUGGAGGCCUCGUGGCAGCUGUCGUGAACCCUGCUCGAGCUGGCCUGCACCACAGAGUGGUCCGAGCUUUACGAAACCAUCCUGCUAUCCGCAGGCUGGUGUAUGUGUCCUGUAAACCGGAUGGAGAGGCUAUGAGGAACUUCAGGGAGCUUUGUUGUGCUCCUGACCCGCAGAAGAAACUCACAGGAGAGGCAUUUGCUCCAACUCUGGCUGUGCCUGUGGAUAUGUUCCCACAUACUCCUCAUUGUGAACUGGUGCUACUUUUUGAGAGGUUACAUCUCACGAGCGCCCGGAUCCCCCUUGCAGAUUUGGUCCUCUGUGGUGAGAAGCGGUUGGAAAGCACACGAACCAAUUCGGCAAAAAUGACUGAAACGGAAACCAGGAACCAUCUCGCUGGCAAGCAACAGAACGGAGGUGCCAUGGCAGAAAUAUCGACAGUGGAGGAUGUUUUUGACGACACCUAUAAAGAGAAAGAGGGUCCCAAACCGCCGAAGAUGAUGGUGUGGAGAAAUAUCAUACUGAUGGCCCUCCUACAUUUCGCUGCGCUUUAUGGACUGAUUCUCCUUCCUUCCGCAUCGGCUUCAACUCUUGCAUGGUCUGUCGUGUGCUACCUCAUCAGUGCUCUUGGCGUGACUGCUGGUGCACACAGAUUAUGGAGCCACAGAUCCUAUAAGGCAUCUAAUCCACUGCGAGUCUUCCUCGCUCUUGCCAACUCCAUGGCCUUUCAGAAUGACAUAUUCGAGUGGGCAAGGGACCACCGUGUCCACCACAAGUACUCAGAGACGGACGCAGACCCCCACAAUGCCACACGGGGGUUCUUCUUCGCUCACAUCGGUUGGCUGCUGGUUCGCAAACAUCCCGACGUCAUUGAAAAAGGCAAGAAACUGGAUAUGUCAGACCUGAAGGCAGAUAAAGUGGUCAUGUUCCAGAGAAGGCACUACAAGCUCUCUGUGUUGAUCCUUUGCUUCCUCGUGCCCACCUUGGUGCCCUGGUACUUCUGGGGUGAGUCCUUGAUUGUGGCAUACUUCAUCCCUGGACUCCUGAGAUACGCUGUGGUGCUCAAUGCCACCUGGCUGGUCAACAGCGCUGCACACAUAUGGGGCAAUAGGCCUUAUGACAAGACCAUUAACCCGAGGGAAAACCCACUGGUUGCUUUCAGUGCCAUAGGGGAAGGCUUCCACAACUACCAUCACACAUUCCCCUUCGACUACGCCACAAGCGAGUUUGGCUGCAAGCUCAAUAUCACCACCGCCUUUAUAGACUUGAUGUGCUUCCUGGGUUUGGCCAAUGACCCCAAGAAGGUGUCGAAGGAAUUGAUCAUUGCUCGCAUUCAGCGGACGGGUGACGGCAGCCACAAAAGUGGCUGAGUCACACGAGCUCCAAACUCUACAAUUGAUACUGAUGUGUGGAAAUAAGACAGAACAUAGCAACAGGGAUAGCAGCAUUUCAGUGACAAGGGGGUGAUUACCAUACUUCUGAUUAUAAAUUAAACCUCUUCCUGAAACUAAUAUUGGCUUUUAAAGAGUUGUAGGCCUUUCCAUAAAUUGUCUGGGUCUCUAUUUAAGUUUUGAAGUGUCUUCACCGACUGUUAGCCACAGACAGCGACUUGGCUACAUGUUCAAGCACAGCUUUUUCACCAUAAUAUAAAACUGAAGAGGAUGAAAAGGGCUAAUUGGGAUUUGAGUCUCUUUUGGCACCAGUAGGACAACCAAACAGGUCUAUGUGAGCGGUGUGUUUAAGCAGUAAUUACAGAAAAAUUUACUGUAUGUCUUAUUUGUUAAUGUGCUAUUUAUUUGUAGUCUUUGGCACUUUAUUGAAACCCUUAACAGUGAGGCUUCUUUACAGGCAAGGUUGAGGGCCUUUUGCUCUAAUUUCUGUCAGUAGUGCUUUGUUUCAUUCCACAGGGAGUGGCGUUUCAGCUUGAUAUUUGUUUGUCUGUGUUUAAUGUAAGGUUUUCUUUAUUUUUGGUAAGCUAGUAGUCUUACUAAACCAUAAGCUGCCGUGUUCAAGGCCAACACCAAGACUGUCAACACUCUACUGAACUUUCCUCAUUUAUCAUACCAGAGAAACGCAUGGGUGAAUACAGUUCAGAUGGGUUAAACUUUUGGGAUACACCCACUGUCUCCAACUGUCCAUGGGGCUUCGAAUGAGGAUUAAGGUGUCCGGUGUAACGCAGUCUAUACCUCUGGUUAAGUAGUGAAGCUGCCACAGACUUCAUCAUUAACCCUUUUCAUGUAGACGCCUCUGGACUGAAACAUAGAACCAGAAUUCUCACUCUUAAUCUGAAAGGAGAGUUUCAGAUGUUUUGUAUUAAUUUCAAAUACUUGUGAUAUAUAUAAUCACAUCACACACUCAAAUUUGAAGGUAUUCCUCUCCCUCAGAUAAGGCCAAUGAGGCAUGUCUAGGUGAAUUUACCUUGUGUGCUAUGUGAUUACUGAAAUGUGUCAGGACUCUUGCCCAAUGCCUUAUGUAGGUUGCACACCUGUUAAAAAAGAUUAUAAGUGCAAGUUAUGGAACUAAAUUAGUGCUUAGAUUCACGGUUGUUGGUGGCGUCUGUCUGUUUUUAAGGAACACUUCAAAAAUUGAUCUCUUAUUUAUAAUGAAAAAAGAGGGACUGCUCAACAAUUCCUAAAACAUUUAUGGGUUACUAUGAUUUAACUUAACUGUAACCAAACAAAUACUUUGCUCCAAGAUCCAAACUUGUCAUGAUAUCAUUAAUGAUACUGUCAGAGUAUUUUUCACACCCCAUCUUUUACAGAGCAACACUUGUAUACAGUGUUACCUUCUGGGAGUUUAAAUGCCUUAAAAAAUGGCACCUUAUUUUCAAAGAAUGUUUUUGCCCACUGUAUGUACCAUAAAUAAACCAAAUUUUCUACUUGUGACAAAGGUAUGUUUUACUGUUUUUGCUGGAACUCUGUAAAACUCCUUAUUCGUAUACUGAAUAAAAAUGAUGACCAUACUA